AUGGCCGCAGCGGCCGGGGACGGCUCGGUGAAGCCACUGCAAUGCGCCAUGAAGCUGGCCAACGGGGCCAUCGAGCUGGACACCGGCAACCGGCCCCGGGAGGCAUAUACAGAAUACCUGAGGAGCAUCCACUACAUCUCCCAGGUGCUGCUGGAAGAAGUGGAGGCCACUAAAGAAGCUGGGGAAACUGUGACCCCUGAUACCUCAAAGAUGCUGAAGCUGGCAGAGCAGUGUCUGGAGAGGGCCCAGUCAACAGCUGGCAAGCUUGGGAAAACAUGCCUGAGGCCUGUGGCUGCGCCCGGGCCCUCCCCUGCUAGUCGACACCGCCGGGUGUACUCAGAUGAGGGAGGGAAGCUCUCUCCGUUCCUGCCACCUGAGAUCUUCCAGAAGCUUCAGGUCGUGGAGUCACAAAGUUCUAAGAAGGAGCUGACACCCCUGGAAGAGGCCUCCCUGCAGAAUCAGAAGCUGAAGGCUGCUUAUGAGGCCCGGAUGGCCCGGCUAGACCCCAGCCAGGCCAUGCAGAAGACAUCCCUGACCCUGUCCCUGCAGCGCCAGAUGAUGGAGAACCUGGUGAUCGCUAAGGCCCGGGAGGACACACUGCAGAGGAAGAUGGAAGAGCGCCGGCUGCGGCUGCAGGAGGCCGCCAACAAGAGGUUCUGCAGCCAGGUUGCCCUGACCCCUGAGGAGCGGGAGCAGCGGGCCCUCUAUGCCGCCAUCCUGGAGUAUGAGCAAGACCAUGACUGGCCAAAGCACUGGAAGGCCAAGCUCAAGAGGAGCCCAGGGGACCUGUCCCUGGUGACCAGCCUGGUCUCCCACCUGCUCAGCGUUCCCGACCACCCCAUCUCCCAGCUCCUCAAGAAGCUCCAGUGUGCAGUGUACCGAGCGCUGUACCCCAUCGUGAGCAAGGGCACCGCUCCCGGCUGCUGUUCCCUGCCCCCGGAUGCCGAUGGGCUGCUGGCUCCUGGAAGCCGGCGGCUCCGGCCUUCUCAGAGCCUCUACUGCAUGCCUUCCCCCCCAGAGCCCAGCCCAGCCCCAAGGCCCCCAGAUGGCCCUUGUGCCAGCCCACCCCACCCCAGCAGCCCCGCAGGGCCUCCCUCACCCCAGCUGCUGGGCAAGGACAGCUCCUUCGAGGACCUAGAACAGUUCUUGGCUACUCCUGAGAGGAGGGGCUGGGGCCCUGGGGGGCGGCCUGAGCCCCAGACCCCAGGGGUGAGGAAGGAGCCUAUGCUGGAGCAGCUGAAGGGCACGGUGCAGGACAUACACGAUGCCAUCGACAGGCUGCUCUCGCUCACCCUCCUGGCUUUUGAAGGCCUAAACACGGCCGCCUCCAAGGACCGCUGCCUGGCCUGCAUCGAGGAGCCGUUCUUCUCCCCACUGUGGCCCCUGCUGCUGGCCGUCUAUAGGAGCGUUCACCGCCUGCGGGAGGCGGCCUUGAGCCGGAGCAUGGAGCUGUAUAGGAAUGCGCCCCCGGCGGCCAUCGGCGUCCCCACCAGGCUCCUCCCGCAGGACCCCGAGGCCGCGGGAGCAGCCCCCUACCCCUACUGCGCCGCAGCCCAGGAGCUGGGGCUGCUGGUUCUGGAGAGCUGCCCCCAGAAGAAGCUGGAGUGCAUUGUUCGGGCCCUGCGGGUCAUCUGCGCCUGUGCGGAGGAUUACUACCGGGCCCGGGAGGCUGCACUGCAGCCUGGCAUCGCCGCUAUUGGUGCUGAUGACCUGCUGCCCAUCCUGUCCUUUGUGGCGCUGAAGAGUGGCCUCCCUCAGUUGGUGUCGGAGUGUGCAGCCCUGGAGGAGUUCAUCCAUGAGAGGUACCUGAUAGGAGAGGAGGGCUACUGCCUGACAUCCCUGCAGAGCGCCCUGAGCUACGUGGAGCUGCUGCCCCGGCGGGCCCUGGGCAAGUAG